ACCAUCAGUCAGUGUUAUGUACACUUGUCAUUCUCUCUUUUAUCAUCCUUCUCAUCCUCAUCCUCAUCCUCAUCCUCAUCCUCAUCAAUAGUAUCAACAUCAUCUUCUCACUUGAUUUCUCUCCAUAGGAAACCUCAUACAGCUCUAAUAGUGAACAAAAAAAAAGUCACCGAAAACUUUUGUUUCUCCAUUUCAGUUUCAUCUUUUUUUCUCAUCCGCAUCCUCAUCAUCUUUAUCUCUGGUGUUGAUUUUAUUUCAUCAUCAAAGAUAUUUACUUUUCCCUCCAGAUAAACAAAAAUCAACAUCAACUUUUCCUCUUUUCAUUGAAACCUUGUCAUCUAAUUAAUUGAACAUUACCAAACAAUUUAAACAGUUAUAUACAUUAUCAUUGUCAUUACUUGAUGAUCAAGUUAAUUAACAACAAUUCUCAUCCAUAUGAUAGUAUCUAACAAGAUUAAUUGAUUUAGUGUCGAUCAACAAUUAUUAUCAAAUCAAAAUUGGAAACUAACAUGAUGGUUUUACCGAGGACCAACAACAAUCAAAUCAAUUUAUCAACUGAAUCAUUUUUGAUUGGAUUAGUUGAGAGAAUUGAUAAAUUGUUACUCAAUGAUGGUUAUCGAAAUCAAUCAAUGUCCCAGGAAGUUAAAUCACUUGAAUUUUGGCGAAGUUUAAUCGCCGAGUGUUUAUCAACCUUUUUCUAUGUGUUUCUUGUAUGUGCGGUCAACAUUUCCUGGACUGGGUCACUUAUCGGUCAUACACCCAAUUGGAUUGUAAUGUCGCUUACAAGUGGCCUGGCGAUGGUCAUUUUAACCCAAUGUUUUAGUCACAUCUCAGGGGCUCAUGUCAACCCAGCGGUCACUUGUGCUUAUCUGGUCACUCGUAACAUUACACCCUUAAGGUCAAUAUUAUAUAUUAUUGCUCAAUCGGGUGGAGCCAUUGCUGGAGCUGCUUUACUUUAUGGAGUCUCAAUUCCUGGUCAUCAAGGCGCUCUCGGCAUCUCUCUAGCUCACGAGUCGCUUAGCGCAGGUCAAAUUUUUGGCGUCGAAUUUGUCCUUACCUUUCUGAUUGUGUUCACAAUUUUCGCAACAUUGGACAUCAACAGGAAAUCCAUGGGAAAUGAUUCAAUUACCAUCGGAUCGGCUUACAUGGUCUGUUCAUUAGCAGGGCUACCUGCCAGUGGAGCUUCAUUCAAUCCCGCUCGAGCACUUGGACCCGCUUUCGUUAUGAAUAAAUGGCGACAUCAUUGGGUUUACUGGAUUGCACCAAUAACUGGAUCAAUGUUGGCUGGUUUAAUAUAUGAAUUUAUAUUUGAUUCAAGGAAGAGUAAAAAUUUAAGAGACACAAUUGAUGAUAUUGAUAAAGUUUGCAAUACGAACGAGGAUCAUUAUGAUGAACCUGAGGUUAAGAUGAGCAGUAAAACUAUUAUGGGUUUCCCUCUAAGCGGAAGUUCACAUUCAAAUUCCGGAAGUAGUUCAAGUUCAACCCAUCAAUCAAAUACAACAGGCUAUUCAAGUAUCAAUAGUGCCCAUCAACCAGUUAAUAUUAUCAACACCAAUCCACAAUCAGUACAUCUCCAACAUCAUCCACCUCCACCACCACAAUUACCGCCUCAUCUCCUACCACAUCUUCCCCAACAACACCAACCAAACUCAUAUAACACCAUCAACACCAACACCAACACCAACAAUAGUAAUAAUAAUAACCUUGGCUUAGGUCAUUCACUGGCCAAUACUUUUCAACAUACAGUGAUAACUCAUGAUGGCCUUUACAUGGGCAAUGGGAAUAAUAAUAAUAAUAAUAAUCAUAUAAAUACCUCAGGUAAUAGUCAUGUGACACCAUUGUUAUCAUCAUCUUCCGGAUCCUCUUCCUCUUCAUCUUCAACCUCAUCGUCCAAUUAUCAUCCACAGUUCAAAUCCAAUAAUAAUCAUAACAACAACACCAUCAACAACAAUAAUAAUGUUAAUAGCAAUUCGUAUGCUGGAAUUUACGGAACUCGAGCAUCAACAUUACGACAUUUAUCAAAUCGAAUGGAUUUUAAUAAUUCUAGGAAUGAGAUAACAUCCAGAGAAAAUAUCAUUAAUAAUAAUAAUUGUCAACCAGGAAAAUAUUGAUUUUCUCACAAUUCAUACACCUUAAUACUGUAAUUAACGAUAUGUAUUCAUAACAAUAAACGAUCCUAAUUGUAAACUUUCAUAAUUAAUCACUUUCGGUGAUAAAAUCGUAAAUUAAUAAUCAGCAAUCAAUUUAUCAAUUUUGCGAAUUUUUCAAAUAAAUGUUGAUUGAAUCACUUUUAA